CCGUGGAUGCCAUUUUUGCCAAAGGAUUACCGGGGACUCUAGACAGCUUCUCAGCAUUUCCCUUCGAGUCUCACUUGUUUUCCAUCAAGCGCAUGAUUCACAAUUCCCCGCGUCCGGUUGCUCAAAUCAUGCGGCGUACGUCGGAAAAGGAACAGCUUCCUCCUACUUCCAGCAACGCAAGCACCUUUGGGAAUGUACAGAUGUGCACAUAUAAGGGUCAGAAGGCGUUUUGUUUGCACGGCAUUUUGUUUUCCACUGUGAAGCCGGAUCACGUGGUCAUCAUCGAUGCCAAACCCAGAGUACUGACAGAUGUGUCUGUGAAUGUGUCCGGGAACAUUGUCGUGCAAUGCCGGGAUUUUUUGAAUCUCCGUAGUCUGUUCACGCUUAGCAUGGAUUCCUCAACGGCGUACAUCUUCCGUGCAUCGCAGUUGUCAACUGAGGUAUGUACCUUCUCUGUCUGUCAUAUUCUCUUCAAGUGCAUUGCUUUACCCUUGAACGAUUUUCUUGUAAUUUACCCUAUGCC